AUGCACCGCGCACCAAGGGACCUAUGGAAGUUCGUGGAGGAAACUUCCCUUGACUCAGCUACGCAGAGCAAUCCAAGUGUAUGGGCUGAAUUGCCGCAUAUCGUCGAUCAAGUGCACAAGCCGGCGCGCAUCCACAUCGUUGUCCAACCCAGAUUUCCCCCCCAUUAUCUUCUGAAGCUGAAGCUCCUACGUAUACCACGUGCGCUUUUUGAGAGACCGCCCUUCUCUUCAUUCGAGGGCCGCAUGAGCGAAACGGCGCCGGACAAUCCUGUUUAUCGUAUACCGGGAGAGCUCGUUCUCGAGGUGAUGAAAUAUGCACUGGACUCCGAGAGCGACAAAAUGUAUCGACUCGCGGAGCUGGGACGGGUGUGUUUGACCUGGGCGGGAGUCAUUGCGUCCAACCGAUCUCUCUGGGCGCGUGCGAUGCAAUCGGCCGCGACUCGGACGCAGCUACUCCUGUCAAGCUUCCUAUCGCGAUCAGCUCCUCUACGUCUUACGGCCAAGGAUCGACCGCGUUACUAUAAGGAUUACAUCCCACGAGCCAGCUCGAUCCACCUGAGCGAUAACGUUAAGCAGUGGAGUCAAGCUUUGAAGACAUACGAUCUACCGGCGUUACGAUCCUUCACGUGCUCACGCCCUACCAAUCAACCUCUGGCCGUGAAGGCUGCUGGACUGCGUCACUGCACUUAUGCCGGUCCAAUCGAGCUUCGCGCUCACAGGCUACACAGUGCACAUCUGAGAAAUGGCUUUGGUCUGUCUCUGCCGGCCCCAGCCUACCAUUCGUUCUUUCGCGACUGCAGAGAUACGCUUUCCACGUUGAGGAUUGAUGCAUCCAUAAGCCCCAACAAAGAACCCUGGCAGGACCUUCUUGCCUGUUUCUCAGGCAGCCGCUUGUGCAAGCUUCACCUGGAUAACGACGAUCAGACUCGAAUGCCACAUGUGACCCGUUACCCAGCACUGGUCCUAUCAUAUCUCGAGGAUCUACUCUCGCGUAGCUGCCUCUUGCUGAAAGAUGCAUCGAGGCUGCGGCGCGUCGACGUCUCCGCGAGUGACCUGGAAGAGAUUACAGACAUGCUGCUGCCUUUGACGGAAGCCGAGGUCGUUACCGUCUCGAUUGCGUCACGUCCGGGUACAGCAGUCCGAUCAUCGCUCCUGGCUCCUCAGCAGCCUCAGCACUUGCCCAAGCCUCUCAAAUUCCCAUGCCUUCAAGUCUUGAACUGCCAAUCCAACUUUGAUUGCCACAUCCUGGGGCUUUUGAGCGCAAUACAAGCACCGUCACUACGAGCACGCAUUGACGUGGAGUCCGUUCAUACGAACCACGGCCUGUUAGGCCCAUCGGGUCCUGAUUGUCAUCACAAAGUCGUACCUGACUUUCAGCGGCGCAGUAUCGAUACCGCGGUGGACAGCGUUCAUCGACAAGUUGUCAUGCACAGGGCGAGCACACUGGAAAUCGUCACUACUACCCCAGUUGGCGGCCAUCCUACUGUGACCUUCUCCGCCAUUGAUGAUAACUCAGGCCCCGAGUUGAGUCAACAGCGCCGUCGCGGUGUCCACCUAUCUCUUUUUGUGAGAACUUCGUGGUGCCGAUGCACUCUGGAACGCGGUCACCCGGUAUCAGCCGUUCAAGCUUUCAAGGCUUUCGCCACUGAGGACCUACAGAAGAUUGUCAUACACCUUGCUCUUCAGCCGCCGCCCCGCCCUUUAUACAAUUGUCAUGAGGAAGUUGCACCAGAUGUACCCGUGCGUGGGCCAGACUUGGCGACGUGGACACCUCUUGAUGCACUCGGCGCGUUGGAUAGCCGCGACUUCCUGUCAUUGAGGGAAGACCUAUACAAGAUGGUGAACGUCGCGGAGCUUGAAAUUAGUGUGCAUCGCAGCACCCCAGGCCCGGCUAUAUUGCAGGCUUUACUGGCGAACCAUAUCGAGGAGGAUAUCAAGGGUACCCAUGCAUCGCUCCCGAACCUGCGCAUAGUUCGUAUGGUGGCAUCGAACGAUAUGAACUCCGUUUUCCGUCGAGGGAAGUGGUUCGGCCAGGUCUUCGACAUCCUCGAUGUCCGCGAACGACUGGCGAGUCGCGGUUUAGCCACCAUGCUACAAGUGAUUUGCGAAGGGAAUUUCUGCCGUUGCAAAUCUUCGUUCCGACAUGGACUACACUCAUUUUCGGAACAUCCUGCGAUAAUCGUAAAGCCCUUGCCCACCGGCUGUACAAAAUGUGCUUGA